AUGAGCGCUGCGAGGCUCCUGUCACGGAAGCCCUUGCAUUAUGCUACGUUUGCAGUGGCUGCGGGUGCCGGCAUUUACACCACUCGGCGUCAGACAUCUACUAUCAAGCUCGACAGUCCAUUGAGCAAGACCUCCGUACCUACUGCCAAUUCACCAGAGUAUAGCAAACGAGUGCGAAGCCAUUUUGAUCAUCACCAGAACCCCGAGCAUGCCUCUAAGAAAGGCGAUGCCGAGAUAAUACGGAAAGUCAACGAUCCUGAUACAUAUGGCCCGGGCUUCGAAGACGAUGAUGAUAACGCUUGGGCAAACUUCUCACGAAGUUUCAAUACUGUUAGGGAGGGCAUCGAAAGAAUACAAUGGACAACCGUGGGCGACAAGAUCACGGAACUUGUUAUUCCUAGUUGGGCAAAGUUUCUGCCAGAAGGGCUCGAAAAGUUAAGAUUCGAGCUUUCCAUGCAACCAGGUACUUUAGCGGACGAAAUAUGGGAAGAGGCACAUGACCCAUCAAUCAACCCUGAAAUUCUAUGGAACGCCACAGUACGUGUAGGUGAGACACUGGGAAAGGACGAGCUGGAUUUUCGUCGCAAGAGAAAGGCAUACAUUGUCAAGGCCCUGGCCAGAUAUCUCGACAUUGACGAGCAAGAGAUAGACCCCGAGGAUGUACCAACCAUUGCCGUCUGUGGUAGCGGAGGAGGGUUGAGAGCACUGGUAGCUGGCGCAAGCAGUUGUCUCUCUGCUCAACAAGCAGGACUUUUUGACUGCGUCACAUACACUGCUGGCGUUAGUGGUAGCUGCUGGAUGCAGACCAUCUACUUCUCCUCACUUGGAAAGCAGAACCAUGCAACGGUCCUGAAGCACUUAAAGUCAAGGAUUGGUACCCACAUCGCAUUUCCCCCUGCCGCAAUGAAAUUGGUUCUAUCCGCCCCAACUAACAAGUAUCUUUUGAGUGGCUUCGUAGAGAAGCUCAAAGGAGACCCAGGCGCCAACUUUGGUCUGGUGGACAUAUACGGUGGCCUUCUUGCAGCAAGACUGCUGGUGCCCAAUGGGGAUCUUAACGUCCAGGACCAUGAUCUAAAGCUGUCCAAUCAACGGAUAUACCUUGAAAAUGGCGAACACCCUAUGCCUAUAUACACGGCAGUGCGGCAUGAGAUCCCUGUAGACGAAGCGGAGCGUGAAGAGGCGAAAGAUAAUCUUGCACUCAAGCAGGAAAUCAAAGACAAGGCUAGAAAAGAGGCCUGGUUUCAGUGGUUCGAAAUGCAUCCAUGGGAAGUUUGGUGCGAAGAGAUGGGUGCAGGCAUACCAACAUGGGCUUUAGGAAGGCCCUUCAAAAAUGGCCAAAAUCAGAUCCUUGAAACGGGCGUUGCUAUGCCUGAGAUACGACAAAGCCUUCUGUUAGGUAUCUGGGGUUCAGCAUUUUGUGCGACACUAUCUCACUACUAUAAGGAGAUCAAACCUCUGCUCCUAGGCAUAGUUGGGUUUGCAGGUAUCAAUGAGCUAUUGGAAGGCAAAAAUGACGACCUCGUCAAAAUCCACCCCAUCGAACCAGCAACGAUCCCUAAUUUUGUUUACGGCAUGAAGGAUCAAUUACCAUCGACAUGUCCAGAUUCGGUUUUCCAGAGUGAUCAUUUGCAACUAAUGGAUGCCGGCAUGAGCAACAAUUUGCCCAUAUACCCGCUUCUCCGCCCUGGGAGGGACGUGGACAUAGUGAUUGCCUUUGAUGCAUCGGCCGACAUUCAGCAAGAGAAUUGGCUAUCUGUUGUGGAUGGCUAUGCCAAACAACGUGGCAUCAAAGGCUGGCCACUUGGCGCUGGCUGGCCUGGCAAAUCCUCGAACUCAGAGGAGACCGUGCAAGUACUGGUAGAGGCGCAGACUGCAACAGCGCAAGAUGCUGCGGCCAAAAUAGCAGAAGCAAGAGAACAGGGGAGAAAGGACAAGUCCGUGGAAGAUCAGCCAAAUAACCAAGGUGUACCAGAAAGCCCCACCACUGGUGACAGUCCGGACAAACAAACAGAACUGGGCGCAUGCAACGUUUGGGUAGGAACGAAGGAAGAAAGGAUCAGUGAUGAAGAGCCGCCGCCAUCUAAGUUGCUUGGUUGGGACGAUCCCAGGGACUCUACAUUUCACUUGACCAGCCCAAGCGCAGGCAUAGCGGUGGUCUAUUUCCCAUUGCUGCCAAAUCCGAAAGUUGAAGGUGUUGAUCCAGAUAAGAGCGAUUAUCUUUCGACAUGGAACUUCAUCUAUACCCCUGAGCAGAUCGACAAAGUUGCUGAGCUUGCAAAGACAAACUUCGAGGAGGGAGCGGACAUCACCAAGCGUACCGUGCGAGCAGUUUAUGAGCGUCGGAAGAAGCAGAGACUGGAGCGUGAGGCUAAGCUAAGGACCAAAGUAUGGAAGAACAAGCUCAGAGAGCACGGAGACAGUUUUGCAGGAAGCUGA